AUGGAGUUGGUGUUUGUUCCCUUUCCGAAUUCGUAUGGAGCAGAAACUCAAGAGCCUCCCGAGUAUUUUAAUUGUUCAGAAAUAGAGUCCAUCAAACAAGUGCAUUUUUCUGCAUGGAAUAAGAUAUUAUUUGUUGUGAGUCAUUCCGGUAUUGUUUUUGUGAUCAAAACAUCGGUCAGUGAAGAUGAUCAAAGCGUUCCCUGUCGACAGGGAAUUUCAAAAUUACAUCCGUUUGAUGGAUCCACAAAUCUCAGGGUGAAAGAAAUCGCAUCCUAUACUGAAGCAGUGUUAUUUGUUGUUAAAGAUGUAACCACACAAGAAAAUUUCAUCUACGGAAUGGGAAACAAUGGGUACUAUCGUAUGGCCUUUUCUCGAGAAGAAGAUUUGUAUUGUUCUCGACCAGAGCUAAUGUUUGCACCAAAAAAAGAAAUUGUUGAUGUGAAUGGUUAUACGAAAUAUAACCCUUUAGAGAUUUCUCAGUGUGGAUGUUGCUUCUCGUUUAGUUUGUGCAUCAUUGAUUACCAUGAUGUUCAUUUUACAGGUCAAAAUUGGGUUAGAUGUAAAGACGAAUAUCUUUCAAAUAAUGCAUAUCAUUCAUGGAAAUUCAUGGUUCAACGAUUUAAAAAACGGGUUGUGAAAAUGGAAUGUGGAGACUUUCAUAGUGUUGUAUUGCACGAUGAUCAAACAGUAUCAGUUGCAGGAAGUAAUAGCUCAAAUCAAUUGACAACAUACGACACGUUUGAGAACGAUGUCCCAUUUGUCAAUAUUCCUUUGAACUAUCUUCGCGUAUCUAAUGUGUAUUCUGGAAGCAAUACUGUGUUUUAUUUGUUUGAGGAAAACGAGCAAAAAGAAUUCUAUUUCUGUGGCUCUAAAAAGAACUUCAUUGGAGAAUAUUCAACAAAUACUACUUCAAAGCCAAUGCUUGAGCACAAACUUGUUAAAUUUAACAUGAGCAAUAGUGAUGAGGCGAAUCACCACGGUUUUGACUAUUUUUCAAAUAUUUUCGAUGCUCAAUUUACACGAGAUUUAUUCUUGGGAAGGUCCAUCUGCAAUCCUAAAUUAAUCUACCUCACAGGCAACUCGUAUUACUGUGGAAUUCAAUAUCAUGGAACAUUUUUUGAUAUUUCAAAGAUAAUACCCUUCGAUAAGUAUUCAAAAGGAAUGUUCCCUCGCUCUAGGGAAGCAGAUUUUUACAAAACUAUUGUGAAAAUUGUCCUUCAACAUUCAGGAUAUGUUAUUUACUUGGAUUACACCGAGGGAUUGGUUUUGCAUUUUUUCAAAAAGCUUCUAAAGGCUACAAAUACAUCAAAUCCAAACAAUCACCUGUUACUUGACAUAAUUGUGUCCACACACCACUAG